AUGUCGGAGACCGCGCCUGUUGCCGCUCCCGCUGUUUCUGCUCCCGGCGCCAAGGCGGCCGCCAAGAAGCCGAAGAAGGCGGCGAGCGGCUCCAAAGCCCGCAAGCCCGCGGGGCCCAGCGUCACCGAGCUGAUCACCAAGGCCGUGUCCGCCUCCAAGGAGCGCAAGGGGCUCUCCCUCGCCGCGCUCAAGAAGGCGCUGGCCGCCGGCGGCUACGACGUGGAGAAGAACAACAGCCGCAUCAAGCUGGGGCUCAAGAGCCUCGUCAGCAAGGGCACCCUGGUGCAGACCAAGGGCACCGGCGCCUCCGGCUCUUUCAAGCUGAACAAGAAGCCGGGGGAGACAAAGGAAAAGGCAACUAAAAAGAAGCCGGCUGCCAAGCCCAAGAAGCCGGCGGCGAAGAAGCCCGCCAGCGCUGCCAAGAAGCCCAAGAAAGCUGCGGCGGUGAAGAAGAGCCCCAAGAAGGCGAAAAAGCCGGCGGCUGCAGCGGCCAAAAAAGCGGCCAAGAGCCCCAAGAAAGCCGCAAAGGCAGGCCGCCCCAAGAAGGCAGCGAAGAGCCCGGCUAAGGCAAAGGCGGUGAAGCCCAAAGCAGCCAAGCCUAAGGCAGCCAAACCCAAAGCGGCUAAGGCGAAGAAGGCGGCGCCAAAAAAGAAGUAAGGUGACUGAGAGUAAUUGAGAGUCUACUCAUCUAAAUAAACCCAAAGGCUCUUUUAAGAGCCACCCACUUAUUCUCAAAAAGAGCUGAAACACUACGGUCAUGCACCAAAUCACUUACCGAUUUCGGUGGGAGUUUACACGGCGUUAAUAAAGUUCAGAUUUUGGGUACGAGUGCGUUCCGUAGCGCCUGCGUGGGAGAUUGGCGCUGCCUUUAAAGGGAAGUGUGUCCCUACGUGCAAUUUGGGAGGCCAG